AUGUUUUCGUUACCAGAUCGCUCCGUCUCUGGAACGCCUAGGGUGGGCAACUCUUCCGGGAAAUUUAUUGCCAUUGCCAUCGACUUCGGGACUACUUUCUCCGGUGUUUCGUGGGCCUUUUCGGAGCAACCCGACACCAUCCACGAAAUUUCAGAAUGGCCUGCGGCAUACCACAACAACUGCAACGAGGUGCAGGUACCGACACAGUACGACAUUCAGUCGCAGAAAUGGGGCUACGAGGUCACGCCAGAUAUGGUCCCGAUGAAGUGGUUCAAGCUGCUGCUGUUGAACGAUGACGACAUAGCCAGAGAUGAGAUUCGCCAGUCCAAGCCAAUGCAAGAGGCUCGUAACCAGCUGCUUCUUCCCAAUGCCCCAACGGCUACCGAAGUGGUUGGCUUUUAUCUCAAGAAGCUCUGGGAUCACACCUAUAACAUACUAAAGGCGAAGCUAGAGAUUGAUAAUCUGCCCCUCCGAGUCGCCAUUACUAUCCCUGCUAUCUGGCCGCCUUAUGCGCAAAAGGCCAUGAGGGAGGCAGCAAAGAUUGCCGGCAUCACCGCAAAGAGAGACAUUGGCGCUACCACGUUAGAUCUUGUCCAAGAGCCGGAAGCUGCGGGAUUAUCGAUUCUCUUUGAACGCAGCAAUUUGCCUGAGAUACAGGAAGGUGAAUCGUUCGUCGUGUGCGACGCUGGAGGUGGCACUGUUGAUGUUAUCAGUUACACAGUCAUUUCAUAUCGUCCUUUUCAUAUCAAAGAAUGCGUCAAGGGCGACGGAAAACUAUCUGGUGCGGUUCGAAUCGACGAAGCCUUCGAAAACCAUCUCAAGGGUAAAACCAAGUUGAGAUUCAAAUCACUCAACCAAGCCGAAUACAAUACUUUCGUCAUGGAAGACUGGGAGAGAGGCGCUAAAAGGAGUUUCUCAAACGAGAAACAAUCACGACAAUUUUUCCUCCGGCCGCCCAGCAAAGCGUAUAAGAAAAUGGAUCUAUGGCGGGGCAAGGAUACCUUCUCAAUCAGCAGUGAAGAGAUGAAGGCCUUCUUCAGCAGGUCCCUCACCGGUAUCCGUAGUCUAGUCAACGAGCAGUAUAAACAAGUAGAACGGGUCACGGGCAAGCCACCCAAGAAAAUUCUCCUUGUCGGAGGUUUGGGAAGUUCUCUCUACAUCCAUGGCGUGCUGAACGAUCAGUUCAAGGGAAUUGUCCUCAGACCCCUUCGUGGAUGGUCGGCUGUUGCCCACGGAGCCGUAAUUCGCCUUCUUCGCGACAAGAUGGCAUCGCAAUCGCAAUCACAACUCUCGGCCAAACAACGCAGAGUCUUGGCUAGCUUGCCGGACGUGACAGCGCGGAAGUCGAGGUUCAGCUACGGAAUCGUGGCAAGCUUCCCCAUCAGUGAGCUCAGUGACUUUGAUCCUGCCCACGACAAUAAGGAGCGCGAUCCCGACGGAGUCAUGGUUACGCGACGGAUGCAGUGGUAUCUGAGAAAGGCAUUCAGCAAAAGAUCUCCUCUUUUGAUUGAAUAUCACAAAUUCGCCAAGGACUACGCACCAGCCAAGUGCACUUUCGAUAUCAAGUAUAGUUCGUCCGAUUUCCCGCCCAAGCGGCUCGACUCAACGGUGAACGAUCUGUGCCGCAUUGAAAGCGACUGGGACAAGCCGUUUCGGGAAUGGUCACCCGCGGGUGAUGCAUCACGAGGGUGGAGGCGAUAUGAUGAUCUAGCGUUGGCGAUGGGGUUUGAAGGAGAGCCCAAGUGGAAAGUUCGCGUGGGGUCAAAUCAGACGGAGCAUGAUGUCCAUGUCGAGUAUAUAGGGUAA